UUCACGAAAGUUGACAGAAGAAACGAAGUUUACACGUCACAACACUCAUUCUCAGUCGGUUAACAUUGUAGAAAAGUGAAACGUUGUAUUGGAAAGCCGCCGUCGUGUUGUACACAAGACUGUUUUAAAUUAGGAAAUUAUUAAAUAAAAUUAAAAUCAUGUUCAAAGCUUUGUUCAUUUCCUUUGCCUUGUUGGCUGUGGCUAGCGUAAGUUUGGCCGGUGACGAAGAAACUUCUGCCCGCUUGUUGGUCUCCAAACAGAUCUUGAACAAAUACUUGGUGGAGAAGAGUGAUUUGUUGGUACGUUACACUAUCUACAACGUUGGAAAUGGUGCCGCUACCAAUAUCAAAUUGGUUGAUAAUGGUUUCCAUCCUGAAGCCUUCGAAAUUGUUGGUGGCAAACCCACUGCCAGCGUUGAACGUCUUGCCCCACAAGCUAACUAUACACAUGUCGUUGUUGUAAGACCCAAAUCCCAUGGUUACUUCAACUUCACCGCUGCUGAGGUUUCCUACAAACCCGUUGAAGAAGCCGAAAAGAUCCAAUUGGCCGUCAGCUCCGAACCUGGUGAGGGUGGUAUCGUCAACUUGGGUGAAUUCAACAAACGUUUCUCUUCUCACUUCUUCGAUUGGGUUGCUUUUGCCAUCAUGACUUUGCCCUCUUUGGCCAUUCCCUUGGCUUUGUGGCACUCAUCCAAGAGCAAAUACGAACGUCACGGCAAGAACAAGAAACAUUAAACAGUGAUCUUGUAGAAAUACUUUUUUAAAUUAGGAAACUAUUUUCUUAUCCAUCUGUAACAAAACAAAUGAUUUUAAAAUUUAAAUUCCGCCCUUAAAGGUUGCAAUAAUUGAGAUAAAACUUUUUCCCAUCUUUGAAAGCAAAAGUGCGAGCAUUGAUUCCUUUGGUUAAAGCAAAGAAAUCAAUAGUUUUUUUUAGUUAUAGCCUCAAGAAAUCGUUUUAGAUUUAUUGAAAAAUGUUGUCACACAGUUAUGUUUUUUACGAAGAUCAUAUUUGUUACUAUUGAUUGAUUGUGCGAGCUCAUUUAAACCAAAACUCUUCAUCUAAAAGAACGCACUUUUAGAUAAUGAUCACACAUUUUUUUAUUUAUAGCGUGCGUACAUUUCGAUUUUGUCAUACAACAACAAUGUGAGAUUUUUCUAAUAAAAAAAUAAAAACCUAACAAAACGGA